CCUGAUUACGCCCGGCUCUGACGUGGCAAAAAACAAUAAUAAGUCGUCAGCUUCUUCCCCGAGAACUCACUAUUCACUGGUAGCGCGCCCCUGCCGUACAACAGUUCAGUAACAUCACAACUACUCUACGCAGUAACACUACACAGGUUAUUAUUACCUGAAUAUGUCAACAAGCAAUCAUCUUGCCUCCCAAUGGGCCAAUCCGUCAGACGUGUCGACAAUCCUCUUCGUUCUAGGCGGAGACGUGGUUCAAAAGGCUUACUCCCAAGCAACUGGAAAGAUCUAUGUCCCUGUUUGCUUUUCCUUCGGGUGUGUCGCCUACGCCUUUGUCGCAUUAGUCGGCAUUAUUGGUGACGGACGACUUCUUGCACCACCUGACUAUCCAUGCAAAGUGCUGAACCUCAAAUCUGGAUAUCUCCGGGAAAACAAGAACUUCGUCCUCGGUCGCUUACUACGGGACCUUGAAGCAAUAGAGACUCGCGAAGCGAACCUUGAUACGGAAGAUCAGGGCUUCGACAGAAGCAGCUACGCCCUGAAGAUCACAGUCUUUGAAGCCAUGUGGAACAAAAAUGAACGGACUGAAUUCUCCUGGAGCUGGAUUCACAUCGUUGGCAUUGUAAUCACUUUGAUCCAGCUAACGCUGGCUUUCAUACCUUUCAUUGUGAAUCGUUCAUGGAGCGUGCUACUCAUUACGGGGGCCGGCACUUUGUUAGUGCAGUGGACAGGUUUACUACCCCAGUGGCGGGCGGAGAAAUUGCCAAACAGACAAAGAUCAGACCAGGUCUAUGCGAUUACCUCUGGAAAUGGAUCUCGAGAGGUAAUGGUCAUUUUUGGCUACGGCAAGUGCCUCGAUCUUGAGUCCCUUGCGGCUUCACAAUCACCCCGUAAUGGCAGACCAUGGGAGAAGUUUCUGUGGCUAUCAAAGCCCCAGGAAGGAAGUGAUCGUGAGCUAUCAGUUAAUCGCCGCAAUACAAUGCUACGUAAAGCAAAGAGAUCAGACGUGUGGCUGUUUAGAGGAGUUCCAAUUGGGUUCAUCAUCACGCAAGCAUCUUGCGCGUGUCUCUCAGUACUCUGGCUCCUGUUACUCGUCAAUGUUUCUGCUCGAGGCGAGUUCCCCGAGUCCUGGUGUCUUCUCGGUGUUGGAGGUUUGGGUAUGUUCCAGAAUGCCUGGCUUGCGGCGAAGGAGCUCACUCCGGAGUCGAGAAACAUUCCACUGAAACGCGUAGACCAGGUCACGGGCCGGAAAGCGAUGGAUUGUAUCAUGGACUUCCACUCCACUUACGACCUGGGAAAACCUCUAAGAGAUGAAUUCUUUCCGGGGGUCCUCAGGCCUGAUGAAGCAGCAUGGUGGAAAGGUGAUGUAGAACAGUACAACGAAAGACGCGUCUCCGAAAGAUCUAGAGGAGAGCCGCGCCGCAGGCCACGCAAUUCCGGCCACGAAUCGUUCUUGUUAGGGGAUGAUAUUCUCAGAGCAGAUGCAACUCUGAUUCCGCUUCCUGUGUCAGAAAAGCGACCAGAGCCCACGCGAACGCAGCGGAAUGCAGCCUACUGGGACACAGCUGCAAAUGAUGAGUCUGGGCCAAGUACGUCGCCCAGACCUUUACCGAGAGCGCCCACUUUAGAGAUGAGAGUCGAUAGCAAAACACCACCUGUAUGGGCCGCUUGAAUUUGCAAGUGCCUUUCAGACCUGGCAUAUGAGAGGAGUCUAACAACAUCAGAGAUUGGGCUUAUUUUGAUACGGAAAAAGGCAACUUCUAUGAAUUCU